AUAACUCCUCAGUUGUGAGAUUAUUUGUAAGAUGUAACAGUGGAUAUUACAAGUAGGAGCUUGGAUGAAAUUUCAAGGCCUGCAUCUAGCCCAACCUAAUUGUAGAUUUUUAAAUACAUCUAUGGAGUUAACGACACCAGAACCAUGUUUGCAAGAGGUUGAUUCACCUGUCAGUUUGGCUGAUGGUUAUCAGAGAGGCAGUCUGGAAGAUGGCUGUCCAGCAGAAGACAAAGGUGAUGACAGAGAUAGAUCUGAUGUCCAGGAUGUAAGAACUGAUCAGCAAACAGUGGAGAGCAUGACCAUCUCUCUUCACAAGUGUCUAUGGAAUCCCGACGAGUUGCCAGGAUGUAGCUCUACUUCAGAUUCUCGAGAUGAAAGCACUGAAGCACAGAUGUUGAAAUUCUGUGAACCUUCCCCAGGACAGCCAACAGACUCUUCUGACUUGGAAUGUUCUGAAGACAUGGACAUAAAUGCUCGGAUUCAAGCAGCUAUAAAGAAAAUGAAUAAACUUGAUGCAAUACUUGAAAAACAGUGUUUUAAGGAAAAAGCAGUUAAAAAGCGAGGCAGAGAAAUGAGGGCAAUGCUCUGGGAAGAACUUCAGUGUAUCAGAACGACAGGAAGCAAUGAGGAGGUGGAAAACACAAACCAGUUUUUAGCUGUGUUCUCAUCGUGGCAUAAUACAGCUGAUCUCUCCCCUGCUAAAGAAGAUGAAAUAUGUACUUCAGUAUUUCACACACACAUGAAUCCUGAAGAUUAUGAUUGCCAUAAAGCCCAAGAAAACCAGGAUCAUCCAAGUGAAUUAGAAACAGAAGAAACAGCAGAAAAAAUGCAUAGCAAAAAUAAAACCAGCCAGCAUUUCAUUAAAAAGAACAUUGAGCUAGCAAGGGAUUCAGGAAACCAAUUUGUUAUGCUUGAGGGAGAAAGGAAAAGGCUAACUGAACUAUUGAAAGAUAUAGAAGAUGGAACUGAAUUGCAAGAUCUUGAGGAGAAUGUACCUGUCUGGCAGGCACCAGGAGAAGGGUACACACCUGAACUGGUGGAAUUUCAUCUCCUGAAUGAGAUUGACAAUAAGCUUCAGCUGCUACUAUCUGAUGGGGAGCUUCCUGCUCUUUCCAGCUGUAGCUCAAAAUGUCCAAGCCAGAUACAUCAGCCUCUGGUUUAUGCAAGCAGAAACCUAGAAACAAUUCCAGGUGAAAAAGUUCUGCGGGACAAUAAGGAAAAACGUGAUCAACAGAAUCGUCUGAAAGAAAUAGAUUAUCAGCUGGAAUCCCUAGAGAGAAGUCUUACUGAAGAACAAAUGAGCCUCUCUGAAGAGCAGCUUAAGACCCUUCUGGAAGAAUGUAUGCAGCCUCAGAGAACAAUAAGUAACGUUACCAUGCCACAGUCUCAGGAAUCUCUUUCUUUUGGAUUAAGUCCCCCUUGUUACACAAGUCAAGACUCCACUCUUCACUCCACAUCUAGUCUUUCCAAAAUGUUAGUUGAAGACCAUAUUGUAGGGAUGUUAAUGGCUCAGGAAAAGGCUGGACUCGAAGACAAAAGCUUAUGUGUUAAUGCAGAGAGCAAAAUCCCUGGCUACUAUACCAGCAAAGCAUUGGCUGGUAGUCACUUAUCAAAGGAUUCACUGGCCCAAACAGAGGAACCUGAUGACCUAGAAGGUUUACAGAAGAUGGAAGAUAAGAGUAUUACUGAAGGUUACUUUAUGUCAAGAGCACUCAACACAAAAAGAUUGAAGAAACCUUCUUUCUUGGGUGAACCAUUAUAUUGCAUCAGCAUGAACAAUGAGCCGUCCACAGAGGCUGACAUUCUCAGCAUACCACUGCAAACCAAAGGAGAUUUUUAA